AUGGGGCCAGGCCUCCCCAGCGGCGGGCCGGGCCGCUGCUUCUCCCCGCACUGCCACCCGUGGUUCCCCCCUCGGGAGCCGGGAGGCGGGCGGAGGGAGGCAGACGUUCCAUCGAGACCUCCAGGAGCCGGGCUUGGUGCUCAGCCUGUAAUCCCGCGCCUUUGGGAGGCUGAGCUCGCAAAGGACCUCCUUCAUCCCUCUCCAGAGGAGAAGAGGAAACACAAGAAGAAGCGCCUGGUGCAGAGCCCCAACUCCUACUUCAUGGACGUGAAAUGCCCAGGAUGCUAUAAAAUCACCACGGUCUUCAGCCAUGCACAAACAGUAGUUUUGUGUGUUGGCUGCUCCACUGUCCUCUGUCAGCCUACAGGAGGAAAAGCAAGGCUAACAGAAGGAUGCUCCUUCAGGAGGAAGCAGCACUAAAAGCACCCCAACCAAGAUGAAUGGGAAACCAUCCCAAUAAACACAUUUUGGAUAUA